UUGAAUUGAAUUAUGAUAUCAGUGGCAGAAACAAAACUCAAAUUUUCAAAAUUUAACAUUUGAAUUUCGAAAAUGACUUGGAACCCGAACUAUCAACCAUACAGAUCAUGGAGAGAGCAAAUUGCGAAGGAAGCAGAGUCAAAAAACAAGGUAAAAAGAAAAAACUGUAAUAAAUUUCAGAUACAUCAAAGUAAUACGGACAACAGAAUAAAAUACGGCGACGAUAAAAAAAGCGAAGAGAGCGAUCGAACGGACAAUAGUUCUUUAAAAAGUCCUCGCAAAACAUACGAUUGUAAAGAGAAAAAAGAUCGAAGGAUUCAACGCUUAACAAUACAAACUUUGAGAAAGGCUUCGUUAGACGAUAUACUACUAAAAAGAAUUCAACCUUCGUUGUCCGAUAGAGAGUGGAUUAUUAAUCAACGUCAUGUCUCUCGUGAAAAGCCAAAAAUUUACACUGCUAAAGAUGUGUCUAAACCGGAGAACAAACCGUUUGAAUUCGAAAAAACAGAAGUUUAUUAUGAUAAAAGAAAAUGGAGGAACAAAAAAAGAGAUAAUUCGGAAAACAGAAUAAAAAGAUCGAUGAAAGCUAAUGGUUUCGAUAAGAAUAAAGAUAAACAGAAAAUGCGAAGAAAACGAGAAGACAUUCCAGAGAAUAAAAGAAAAUUAAUAAAGAAGAGUAAGCAUUGGCAAAUAUACAAAGAAGAAGAUAAAGAUGGUAGCGUAUGUUCUUUUGACAGUGAAAUAUACUUAACAGGACUGACACUAAUUGAAUAA